AUGAUCAAUCCCGAAGGGACUCAAUCCACCUUUUGGCGGAUAUGCGAUGACAACGGCAACUGUCACUGCGACUGGCGACUGACGCUUGGGGAUUGUGCCGAAGACCAGGCCAUGCGUAUUAUCUAUAUCAUCAACAUCAUCGGCUCAGCAGUCGUUUCAGUUAUCGGCAUUGCAUUGUUGUUUUAUCGUUUAUACUACCGAAAGCAACAGAUCUUCACUAAUCGUACACCCACUGGCUUUAUUCGCCCAAAGCCCAUCGAAGCCAUGUUAUUCAUGGCCAUCAUCUUCAAUUUACUGCGUAUGAUACAAGCCAUUAUCAUUGUCACAGACGCAGCUCCCAACCCAGCAUUUAGAUCUUUCAUGUACGAGAUCCCAUGGCAAUUUGGUCUUGGUGCCUUUGCAUGCUAUGUAUUUGGUAUUGCCCAUACGGUAGCGGAUAGUAGUAAAACCAUCUACAGCGCCAUGUUUAGCUCGCCUCUUCGCAUUGAUAUCCUCAGCACAACCUUUAUUACCAUGCCAUUCAUUACCAACAACAUCUGCUCUAUUGCAGCAGGCAUCUAUGCUGAGCGAGGAGAAGAUUUUAUUGCCGGCCAAUUCACGCAUGCCCAAUAUUACUUUUGGACCAUCUAUUGUGGGUCUUUGGGAUUCAUGAUUCUCUUUGCUGGUAUCAAGCUUUUACGUUUACUUGGCCAUCAUUUACGUAUGCAACAUGAUUUGCGUACCAAUAUCGCAAAGAUCAAAACCGGGUCCCUCAAGGUGAAAAUCAUUAUGCUUGUGGGAUGCGUCUGCUUAUGGGUAUUCGCUUUGGUGCUUUGUCUCUAUGGUGUAUUACGUGAUCAAAUCAUUCGCAAUACGGGUUACAAUCUUGCAAUUUCUGCUGUUUGGACCUAUGAUGGUGUUGUGGCGACCUUGCUUGUGGAGAUGGCAUUGAUUCUCAAUCCACGCAUGACAGCCUCUUUGGGUGUUUCGGGUGUUAGCACGAACGGCUCACAAUCAGAUCCAAGCGGAGGCACCACUCUCUCUACAAGCUAUGCUCAUAAUGUAACAUCGAUUGAUUCUGCAAAAUGGGACAAGUUUGAUACUCUUAGCCAUCCCGACCACACGCUCCCUCCAGCUAGUGUUGGUGGUGGAAACAUGAUGAUGAUGGAUGAUGGCCUUCCACGCUACUCUGUGGGUGCUGAUAUGGGCAUGGAUAUCCUCCAUGGCAACAAGCAAUACUCAACACCUGAUAGUCGACAACAUGACAUGCAGCCUCAUUCACGACCCAUAUCACCGUCAUCGGUUCACCGACACCAAAUUGAGCAAGAUCAGCUCCACUAUAACGCCACCAGCCAAGUACGUACGCCACCUCGCUACGUCAUCACACCUAUGGAUGAACAACAAGGCCAUCCUGAGAACUAUGAAUCAUUCUCCACCACCCUUGGUCGAAAUGGCUCUGUGAUUUCAGCAUCUCAUUUAAUGGGAUACAACAAUGGUCAUCAAUCUUUUGCCCUUACACAUUAA